AUGGCAACAUGUGGGCGCAGGACUCGCCCCAAACUGAUCCUCGGGUUACUCAUCGUCUCACUGCUCGGAUAUUUUUUAUUUCAUAAAACCUCACCAGAUGUCAGUCGGGAAAACAGGAGAGGAUUAUCACCCGAUGAGAUCAACGUGGAAGACCAAGAACUUCUAAAGAAACCAGUUUAUGAGAAGCCUCCUUUAGAUGUGAAUGCACUGGGUGAGCUGGGCUUAGCUGUUAAACUCGACCUGACAGGAGAGGAGAAGAGGAAAGAGGAGGAGAGCAUUGAGAAACACCAGAUCAAUACUUAUGUUAGUGAUAAGAUAUCUCUUCACAGAAGAUUACCUGAAAAAUGGAAUACACUAUGCAGAAACCUAAAGUAUGACUACCGGAGUUUGCCCACCUCUUCAGUAGUGAUUGCGUUUUACAAUGAAGCCUGGUCCACUUUACUGCGCACAGUGCACAGUGUGCUGGAGACCUCACCCGAUCUGCUGCUUAAUGAGGUCAUACUGGUGGACGACUACAGCGACAGAGAGCAUUUGAAGGAGCCUCUGGAGAACUACAUAGCAGACCUAAAGAAAGUGCGCCUGGUCAGGGCGAGGAAGCGAGAAGGGCUGGUGAGAGCUCGGCUUCUGGGUGCCUCCAUUGCCACAGGUGAUGUGCUGACCUUCCUGGACUGUCACUGUGAGUGUCAUGAGGGCUGGCUGGAACCUCUGCUUCAGAGAAUAAGGGAUGAACCCAGUGCUGUAGUGUGUCCUGUUAUAGACGUGAUUGAUUGGAACACUUUCCAGUACCUGGGCAACUCAGGAGAGCCUCAGGUUGGUGGUUUUGACUGGCGUUUGGUUUUCACAUGGCAUUCUGUUCCUGAGUCUGAGCAGAAACUCAGGCACUCCCCUACAGAUGUUAUCAGAUCUCCCACCAUGGCUGGGGGGCUGUUUGCAGUCAGCAAGAGCUACUUUCAUUAUUUGGGUACAUAUGACACAGGGAUGGAAGUGUGGGGAGGAGAGAAUCUAGAGUUCUCAUUCAGAAUCUGGCAGUGUGGAGGGAGUUUGGAGAUUCAUCCGUGCUCCCAUGUGGGCCACGUCUUCCCUAAAAAGGCUCCCUACUCCCGCAGCAAAGCUCUGGCCAACAGUGUGCGCGCUGCAGAGGUCUGGAUGGACGACUACAAGAAGCUGUACUACCACCGCAACCCUCAUGCACGCCUGGAGGCGUAUGGUGAUGUGACGGACAGACUUAACCUGAGGAGGCAACUUGGCUGUAAAGACUUCAUGUGGUACUUGGAAAAUAUCUACCCAGACCUCCAUGUUCCACAAGACUGGCCUGGCAUGUUUGGAAUGCUGAAGAAUCGAGGAAUGAACGGGUAUUGCUUUGACUACAAUCCACCUGAUGAUCAUAACAUUGGUGGCCAAAGGAUUAUUCUGUACCCAUGUCAUGGCAUGGGACAAAACCAGUUUUUUGAGUACUCUUCCGACAAUGAGCUCAGAUACAACACCAGGGAACCUGCAGGCUGUGCUGUGGCUGACCCCAUCUCCACCUUCCUUAGCAUAAACCUGUGCAGAAAACCCCAUGAAUCCAUACCUGAGAACCAGAAGUUUUUGCUUAAGAAGGAUGGCACGCUGUACCACAUCCAGACCCAGAAGUGUGUUGAGGCUGUGAAAAAGACAGAUAAUGGCAAUCCUGGCCCCGCUCUUCGACCGUGCAGUGAAUCAGCAUACCAGCAGUGGUUCUUUGAGGAGAGGAAACUGUAGAGCCUUAACAAAUCUUACUGCUUUUUCAGAUCACCAGCACCCGAGUCAGGUUUGCUAAAACAUUGCACCUUGGUGCAAACCAUCAACUAUUGUACUACAAUCACUCUGCUGGAUUAUUAACUAUUUAAGGGCAUUUAGGAAUUACAUUUAAAUGUAGGUGGUGGCAGUACUGUCUUUAUUUAUUAUUAGGGAUUUUUUAGAUCUGAUACAGACUAAUGACAUUGCAAAUGCUGGAUUAGACUUUAUGUUUUCAUUCAUUCAUCGUUUUACCACCCUUCAUCCUGGUCGGGGUUCUGGGUCUGAUUCAUUAAGCAACAGACUAGGAACACCCCGGACAGGUCAGCAGUCCAUCAUAGAGUGCACACACACUUGUAGAAAGAAACUGGGACACAUGAACAUAUGUUCUUAAACAAUUACAUCCAAAUUGUUACCGAGAAUUGCCACCGACUGUCAAAAUAUUAGUAUUUUAACAACUCUGAAAGUAACACUAAGUUCUAAACUAAUCAUGCAAAGCUGGUAUUAUAAGGCCACAUCUGGAUUAAGUAAUCUGGAUCUGUACAUAUGUCCUUGGUGAUUGAUGACAUACUUAAAAGUUUAUCACUUUUCAGCAUUAGGUAAGUCAGUAAGACAGCAAAGGUGUGCCACAAACAGAUGCUACAAAAUAACCUUCUCAUUCUUCUGGUAGUUGCUU